AUGCAUUACAAUGACAUUAUAAUUCUGUUUGAAAUUUUGAAGAGCGCCCUAAAGUGCCCCCUUGUCUGGGACAAGCGUGCGCUGUGGCUAACAGGGGCUCCAGAUGAAAUAAGCACUGUGUGCAAUGAUGGCCUUGGUCUUGGCCUCACGAAAGAGAGGACUGGUGCCAUAUUCAAAGCAGGAGAAUCUAGGAAAUUCAGCAGCAAUGGAGAGGAGAGGCUGGCUGCUCCGGCCGGGAGGAAGCACUGGCUGCCGCUGUCGGCCCAGUCAGCCUUCAGCUACAUCCCGCCGGGGCGACAGGAUGCACCCGAGCUCAGCUACUUCCACCGGGAGGCCAAGGCAGGGAGUGUUUCCACUUACGAUUCCAUUUUUAAAAGACCAGAGGGCUACAACAAAUACCUUCACCGCUGUGACAGAGAACAUGCGAAGAACCAAGGUCUUAACAUAAAUGAUGAG